GUGGUCCGAGUCUGUGUAUGAGGAGAGAGGUGUGAGGAGGCAUCAUGAGGUGUGUGAUAUUCGGGCUGCUCUGUCUGGCUCUCACAGAGGGACUCGUCAGAGUUCCUCUGGUGAAAAAGAAGACCAUAAUGGAGGAGAGGGGGCUCCUCAAGGAAAUCAUGAAACACUCACAGUAUAGUUCAGAGCAAGGUUACACAGAGGACCUCACCAACCAGGACGACAUGGGCUAUUAUGGGAAGAUCGGUAUAGGAAACCCUCCGCAAUACUUUUAUGUCCAUUUCGACACUGGCUCCAGCACUCUCUGGGUCAACUCCAUCUACUGCAAAAGCAGUGCCUGCACCUAUCAUCCUCUCUUCAACCCAAGCAAGUCCUCCACAUACCACACCAAUAACCAACCAUUUUCAAUCAAGUAUGGAACAGGCAGCGUUGUUGGUAUCAUUGGCUAUGACACUGUUACAAUGGGUGAGCUGAAUGUCACAGACCAGAAGAUCGGAUUAAGCACAUCAGAGCCAGGUAAUCACUUUGCAAGGCCACUGCAUGAUGGACUCAUGGGACUGGCCUUCAAGCCUGACGAGGGAACCAUUGUGGACACCAUGAUCCAUGAUGGUCUUAUUGAGGAGCCAGUAUUUGCUUUCUACCUGAGCAGUGACUCUGAGAAUGGCAGUGAGGUUGUGUUUGGUGGAACUGAUCCCUCUCAAUACCAGGGCCAAAUCAACUGGGUUCCUGUACAGCAGGACAGCCACUGGCAACUAGUCUUCGAUGGAUUUGAGGUGAAUCAUCAGGCUACAGGCUGGUGUGAGUCUGGCUGUACUGCCAUUACAGACACAGGGACCUCUCUUCUGUUGUGUCCUCCCCAAUAUGUGGACACUCUCCAUCAAAUGCUGGGAGCCCAACAGGACCAGAAUGGCAAUUACGUGUUUGACUGCAGUGAAGUGAGCAGCCUUCCCCCACUUACGUUUGUCAUGAACGGAGCUCACCUACACCUGCCGGCCUCUGCAUAUGUGCUUCAGGAAGAAGAUUCCAAUGGUUACUGCAGUAGUGGCAUUAGAAAUUCCCAUGAAGAGUACAGAAAUGGUCUUCCCUACUGGAUCCUCGGUGAUGUGUUCCUGAGACAGUUCUACUCUGUGUUUGACCAAGGCAAUGCUCGAGUGGGAUUCGCUACCUUGGCAUAAUGUUACACAUCUAACUACAAGAUUGCAAUUGCAAGUCCAUUAAAGGCACCAAAUCAAAAUAAGGUAUAUUGCCUUAAAACUGGUGUAUUAAAAAAUUUGAAAAAUAAAACAACACUGUUUUAUGGCAAAACUCCCACCUUGUGGCCUCACAUGGCCUAUAUACAGGGAGAUUCACUCGAAAGAGGCCCUGAAUAUUCUGUAAUAACUCACAUGUAAUAACAACAUGCAAUGUGCUCCUCAGUAUAUGGAACAAGCUGGGAUGGCCCUGCAUCAGAGCGAUGAGGUAGACAGCCAUCACAACACAUAACCUCCGUUUGCAACUUCUCGGUGUAUACCCCUGUAGCCCUUCAUGUGUCUGGCAGAAAAUGGGGCUCACUUCCAGCAUUGCAUGUACUGCAAUUGAUUACACAUAUGUCGAGAUAUGUAGCAUAAUUGUUUGGUCCAGAUUGCUUCAUCCUAAUGGGAGUUACAAAAGAAUAUUCAGGGCCUCUUUCUAGUGAAUCUCCCUGUACAUCUACAAUGCAGACAUUGUGGAGACCUUGUGAUCAACAUAUAGAUGCACCAUGUUUGAGGAACAAUGACUUGAAGAUCAGAAAACUAGAACAGUCCUACAUUACACUAUUAUUUGAUUAACUAUAAGUUAUCAUUUAUUAUGUUACAUUCACACUGAGACCAAAAUAAUAUCAAUGAACACAAAUGAAAAUAAAACAAAACAAAGAAAAUGCCCAAUUUCCACAUUAGAGUCAAGUCUGUGGGAAGCUCUCCCAUUAGUCAAAUACUAUCCCUUUUGUCACUGUUGGAUGAUAUCUGAUGAUCUACAUAAUUAAAUUUAUUCUUCGGA